AAAUUGUCUGGACUUUUUACCGAUAAAUAUCGGGGCUAUGUUCACGCUUGGCGAUGUUGCAGACAUUUUAGAUUCUGCUCUUUGUACUGGCAUUUCCAUAGUUGAUGCUUUAUCAAAGCUUUCUGAUGCAGCAGACAAUAGCAGUGAGUUAAGUAAAGAGAAAUGUUUAGAAAGUCUUCAAAUUAAAAACAAAAUUAAUGAAAAUUUAGCCGAUUUAGCCGUACUAUCAGAGACAAACUCAGAGUUAAAUUUAGCCAAUUCUUUAGCAAGUCCUCUGCAAGACUAUCCAGAUACUUAUUCCUUUGUGCCACAAUCUCCAGUACCACUGCGACCAUCGUAUGUUAAAAAGCGCAGUAGACCCACCACAUUUGUACUUCAAGAUUCUGAAAUCAAAACAGUCAAUGAUGCGCAGCUCCAUAGAAUACCAAUUAUUGAUGCUCUUGAUGAUUUGUGUCUAGUUGCUGAUGAUGUCUUUAAAGAUUUUGAUAGGAAGAAUAAAAGCUUAGAUGAAAGAAUAAAUGAAUCUAGUUAUGAGAAAUCUUUGCAGUUGGAAGUGUUGAUUAACAACAAAGUGUCUGAAAUAUUAGAAUCGUUUAAAAAGUUAGAUUUGACUGUUGAUCAAAUAUUGACACGCAAAGUUGUUACAGAACAUAUUAAACAAGAUAAUUCUCAAUUUUUAAAGCAAACUUUGAAUAUACCAGUAGCAGAACCAAGUGCAGAUACUUUUAAACCGUUUAACACUCCUUUAAAAAAUAGAGAUGGAGUCAAUGAUAUUCAGUGUAAUUUAGCUAACAAGAAACGAGGUACAUACAUUCUAUCAAAAGAUAUUAAAGACUUAAAAGAAACACACACACAGUUAGUUGAUAAUAACUUUAAUAAAGUUAGUACUAAUUUACAUAGCAAUCAGAAAACUUCUGAUUUUGUUCCUUUAAGGAGCAGAAUUGUUGUCAGUAAUAUACAACCCAAUUUAGCUAACAAUAAAAACCGAGCUACUUACACUUUAUUAAAUGAAAAUGAAGGUUUGAAAGAAAUACAAAAAGAAUCAGUUAAUAAAAGUUUUAAUCAAGUUAGCACUAACUUGAAUGUUGAUCAGAAAACCUCUGAUCUUGUUGCUUUAAGGAAUAAAAAAGAAGUCAAGGAUAUAAAUUGCAAUGUUGCUAAUAAUAAAAAUCGAGAUACAUAUAUUCUAUUUAAAAAUAAUGAAGAUUUAAAAGAAUCAGAAGUUUUGACUCAUAAACGAUUUCAACUAAAUUCAGUUAACACUAACUUUAAAAUUGAUCAAGAAACUUAUGAUAAUGUUACUUCAAAAAAAAGUUGUGUAUUCAGUGAUACACAAAUAAGUUCAAUUAACAAUAAGAAGCAAAGCCCAUUCACACACACAGAAAAUAACAAAGAUUUUAAAGAACCAGCUACACAAGGUUUGAAUUUUGUGUGUAGCAAUUAUGAUCUUAAAAUCUCUAGUGUUUCUUUAAUAAAGAAAGCUUUAGAUGAAUUACAAUGUAUUGCUGUUGACAAUCAGAAGCAAGUUAUACAUAAACUAUCUAAAGAUGAUGUAAGUAUUAGAGAAUUACCAAAAGAACCAAUUUUCGAUCCUGUUCAAACCUCCAUUACUCACCCUUCAAGGUAUAAAGAAUUAGCAAACAAUGAAAAACAAGAUACAUCCAUAUCAAAAUAUAAGGAAAAUUUCAAAGCAGGAAAAUUUUUUUUUUCAGAUUAUGAAAGUUUUUACUUAAAUAGUGAAAGAAAUAUAAAUGCAGAGGGGAAAGAAAAACAGCAAAAUCUUUGUUUUCUUAAUCAAGACCUCCAUCAAGACCAUCAUCAAUCAAAUAAAGAAAAUUCUAGUUGUGAUGUUUGUGAUUUUAAAAUGGACCAGGAAUUCUCAGAAAGUAACUUAACGAAUGAUAGUAUUAAGUUUGAUGUGAAAUCUGAUAGAGAAAAUUCUAAAAAUAAUAAUAGUGAUGAUGACAGGCACAAACAUUGUGUGAUUUCAAAUUAUGAAAUUGAUACAUGUAAUAAUGAUGAUAAAAAAUCUUCAAUAAAGUUCAGAGAUAAAAAUAUAAACUUGGAUUCCAUUGCUUUAAGUGUUGCUAGGCCAAACACUUACACAUUAAGUGGUAUUUACCCGAAUUCCUUAAACUUAACGAAAGCACUUAAAACAGAUCAAAGCUAUGUCAAAGAUCUUAUAGUUGAUGGGGAAUCAUUCGAAGGUAUGAAUAGAUCUUCAAGUGAUCCUAAUUUACUGUGCGAUGAACAUAUGAAAAUUCAUUCUGAAAUGGUUUUUAGGUCAUCCAGUAUCUCAGAAGGCUUACAUCAUUUCAGUCAACCAACUAUUUCAAAUCUAAGUAAUUUAAAUAGAAUUAUGUCAACAUCUUUAACAAAACUUAAUAGCCUGCAACUGUUUCAGAGUAACAUUUUAAUGGAAAAGGAACUCAGUAAGCAGAGUUCUCCUUAUUCAUCUAGUGUACUUUCAUCCCAUAGUUGCUCUAGUGAUGAAUGGAUUGGAGAUAAUGAACAAGAGAUUUCUGAGAAAUCUCAUAGUAGCUCUGGGGGAAGUACAUUUUCAGUUUCAUCUGAUGUUAGUGGAAGAACUUACUCAAUUUCACCCGAUCAAGAUAAAGAUAUUCAUCGAGUUUAUAUGUCAGAGAACAAUCUACCAAAGUUUGUGAAAGAAAAUUCUUCUUAUCUAUUUAGACCUUUUUACACCAGAUCUUUUUCUUUUCCAACAGAUAUUUCUGGUCCUGUUUAUGAUUUAGAUAUGCCAAAAAUUGCAAGCCAAACUUCUUUUGACAGCUCAGCUACAUUUACUGUAGUUCAUCCAGAAAAUAGUGACAAUGCUUGUAAAAUAAUUAAAAAAGAAAAUUCAUUUAUUUUUAUUGACUCUAAUGAAUCACAAAAUGAAUGUGAAGAUACUGAUCAUGAGUUAUUGUUGAAUCACCAUAUACAAAGUUUAACGGAAAGUAAUGUUCAGGCAAAUUCUACUCUAAAUAAAAAUAGUAAUCAAAUUGUAAAGAUGAGAGAAGAAAAAGGUAGGCAAAAAUGUGGUGCCAACCAAACUAAUACAUAUUUGAUUAGUCCAAUGCACUUAGAACAACAUGUAAAUGUUUCUUCCUUUGCUAACAAUCUUGAGUUAAAAAAUCGAGACAAUCAACUAAGUGUCUUGCCUUUGCAGAUUGCACAUCAAGAACAAGAAAUCCAAAAAAAAAUUAAAUCAGAUGGCUGUUUACCUAAUAAUGUCUCUGAAAGAGGUAGAAUUUUAAAUCAAGAGAAAAAAAAAGUAAAUAAUCAAUUUUCUUUAAACAAUGACAAUCAAAAAAACAAAAAACCAAAACACACUCAAUUUUUGCGCAGGAAAAUACCUUUGGUAGCGUAUCCUGAAAUCAAAAGUAAAAAUGACACUGAACCAUUAAGUUCACGUUUAGCUGCUUUGCGUAUGCAGCUUGAGGAAAAAAGACGUCAAUUUGAUGAGGAAAAAAAACGUAAGCAGAGCGAAUGGAACAAGGAAAAAGCUAAAUUGCUGCAAAAUGCAUUUUUUGAUGUGAUCUCCAAUGGAAAAGAAAAUCAAGACCCAAACAAAACCAUAGAUGACUGCAAACAACCAUCUUGGGAUGUUUGUUUUGAUAAUGUAAACAAAAAAGAAACUAUCCCAAAUAAAAACAUAGUUCCUGAAACAUCAGUUGAGAUCAGUAAUCAAAUGGAAAAAAAAAACUUUCAUCAAAAUUUAAAUUCCUCACUAUCUGCCGCAAGUGGCAUGUGGUUUGUGGGUGUAGGCAAUGAAAAUUUACCUAACUUGCCAACUGACAUUCCUUUUACGACUUCAAAUGUGGAAGUUGCUGAUAACCUAGGAGAAAAUGUAACUUAUUUGGAGGGUGAAAAUGAUGCACUUAAGCUGAGUUCAUUAACUGAUGUAAGUGGAGUGACACCUAUAAUUGAUAUUACAUCUCAUAAAGUAGAUGUUCCUGCAAUUAUGUUGUCAUCCUUAUCAAGCAAACAACUGCAAAAAAAUGUUGAUGAAAACAAACUGUCCACAGCAGAAAAUAAACCCGGUGAUGAACAAGAAUCAAGUGAUAUUACCAUGAAAUUCAAAAGCUUAUCUUUGAAUAAUAAGUCUGAUGACACACUUAAUGAUAAUUAUUUUACACCAAACAGCUCCUAUAGUAAAGAAUUGAAUAAAAAAAAUCACUUAUUUAACAGUUUAGAAGGUGAGACAAUACAGAAUAAAAAUAUCACACCUGUUUCGUUUACACCAAGCACUACCAUAUCAAACUAUUCUGAAACUGUAAAUCCAAACUAUGUUUUUUCUAAAUCUGCUUUAACUCAAUCUGAUUUUAAUCAAGGUGUGUUUGAUGACUUAUCUCUACAUACAAAAGGUGUACUUGAUGACCUACCUUUACAUAUGAAAAAUGUUCAAAACUCAGUCGAUAAUAAUGGCAUAUUUAGUUCUUUUAAGUUGUCACAAGAGCAUCUUUUACAUUCUGUUGAUCAGUCAUCUCCCAAGAAUCAAGCUGUAAAUGAACAAUCAGUUAAUAAUUAUCAAAUUCUACAAUCACCUCAAAAUAAUUCCCAAGUUAGUGAAAGCAGUUUUAUUACCUCUGAAAGUCAAGUGACACCAACCAAACAAAAUAGUAUUCUAAAUGGAGUUAUUGACGAUAAGAAUGACCUUCAUGAAAUGUCUCCACAAAGUUUUGGCUUUACACUUGAAGAAAAUGAUAUGACACCAGAACAAAAGAAAAAGAAAGAAAGGUUCAUUCAAAACAGAAUGAAAAAAUUGCAAAUAGAAAAAGAAAAGAAGAAAGCUGCACUGGAGAAAAAAAAUCAGGAAGAAGAAAAGUUGGCUGCUGUAAAAUUGCUGCAGGAAGAAGAAGAUCGACUUGCCAAAGAGAAGCUUAAAGAACAGCGGUUACUUGAUGAGGCAACUGCUUUACAAAAUAAAAUGUACAACAAACGACUUAAUGAAAUGACCUACAAUACAAACCCUUUGGUUAGAAAAGACCAGUUACCAGCGCCCGUAAAAACGUCCUCGCAUAAAGAAGACAAUCGCAUACAAACUUCUGUUUCAAACAAUCCUGCGUUUCGACCUAAUAACUACCCCAAUACUGAAUCUUUAUUAAAUACUUGCAGUUCUCCUACAUGUGAUAGCAUAAGUACAGCUCAAAGUGCUUUUAGUGAAUACAACGGACCAAUUAAUUACCAGAAGCCAAGUGGAAAAUCCAACAAAAAAAUAAUACAAAAUGCUAUCAUGCAUUGUUGCCUAUGUGGCGAAGUAAAUAAAGAGGCGAAAGCUAAAUGCUUAGAUACAUUAACACUCUCCGACGCCAGUCACUUUCUUGUUUUAUUUCGAGAAGGUCUUAAAUUUCGCUCCGUGUAUGCGUACAACCCCGAAGAGCAAACGAUAUCCCGUAUAUAUGGCAUUGGGCCGAAAAUGAUUACUUCAAAAAUGAUUUCGACGUAUUACAAAUAUAAUAGUGGAGCAAAAGAGUUUUAUUCGUUGGACACCAAACAUUUAUCUAUUCAAGUUGAUGGUGUUAUGAUUAAAAAGGAGUUAUGGGAUAAGAAAACCUCUGUUACAAAAACUGAACCUAUUCAAAAAACCAAACCUGUUCAAAAUAAGUCAUUACAUAUACAGAGGUAGUUCUACUUGUAGAAUAAAGAUUUGUAAAUACUGCAUCCGAAUGCCAAGAGCCUAUCAAUCUUUUAAUGAACAACCAAAUAAAGAAAUUGGUUGCCAAUUGAUUAAACGCGCGCCUUUAAUAUUUAUUAAUAUAUAAAUAACACUAACCAGCGUAUCAAACGUUGGUAUCAAAAUGUAAGAAAAAAGCAGCAUUUUCUCUUCUUUUUGUUAUGUUAAAUAAUAAGUUAUUUGAUAUAUACGAUAAUGUUUAGCCACGUACUAGAUACUUGUUAAAACAUUUUCUUGUUUGUUUUGUCUUAGUAAUUUUUUUGUUGCAGUUAUUUAAAAAACGACAGCUAUUGUAUAUAUGUGUAUGUGUAUAUAUGUGGAUCUUAUUUGAAUUCUUAUUUUAAGUUAAAGAUAAUACUGCUAGUUUAUAUA